AUGAUCAAAUGGGACGAAUGCGAGAAGGUUCAGUGUGUCUGCCACGCUGGACAAUUGGAUUUCCUGGAGUCGCCCCUGCAGACGUGCAUCACAAAGCUUCGUGGCUGUAUGCCAUGGGUGCUCCUUGAAAGGCGUGUCUUCUUGGCGCAGGUGUCAAACAUCGAGGUGAAGUUGCACCAGAUUUGUGGACAGGAGCUGAUGCUUCCCAACGUCACCAGAGUCAAAGUAUUCUGCUGGGAGCCGGCUGCGGCACUGUCCGACAACGCUUUCUGCGAGAUAUAUCGGGUCUUUCCCAACCUGAAGCAGCUACAUCUGCACAUGCUUCCGAGCCUGCUGCCGCCUCUGUGCCUCUCCAAGUUUGUUGCCCCGGCGGAUUUCCGCAUCAGUUUUCACGAAGUUCCAGGCACUGCACAUGGCGAGGGACUGGAGGGGAGCUCCUUCCUUGCUGCCAACCUGUUGACGAUGCCCUUUGCAGGGGAAGGCACCAUCUUCCAGAAUCUCUGCCGCCUGCAGAUGGAUGCCCUUGCCAAACUGUCGGGAGGUGCGCUCCUGCACAUGGCCACUGCCCUUCGCGGGGCACAUGCCUUGAGGCGCUUGGGUACCAUCUCGGCACCGCGCCAUGGCUGGUACGGCUAG